AUGUCCAAAGACUCGCUCGACGUCUUCGCGUUCCUUGUGCCGGAGGAUGAUCAAGAUCCCACCCAUCAGCGCCCCCAAGAAGCUGCGCACCUCAGGCAGGAAUCGCCGCCUCGACACGAAGAAUCUGAUACUGAGAGUAUUGUGAGAAGUAUGCAUUCCGACUCGGGCAUCUCCAUGGGAGACACUAAUGUCUAUCCCCAUGGCAGCGAGCCUGCCCAUGGACACCAUUUACCGCCAUUAUCUGAGGAGACACAGGAGGCAGAUGACACCCAGGCACAAUUGGAAUGCGAACCUCCUGGCUCUCAGCCCCCUCGAUGGAAAUGGCCGGAUAUACCGCCAGCUACUCACGAGCCCCAAAUCCGUGACACUAACCCUAGGACUCCAAGUCCAGAGCAGCGCCGCAUACGCUUUGCAUGCCCUCCAAGCGAGUUUGACAAAGGAUCGCGAACCCCGAGGAAGCUCCUGUCCGGCUAUGAUCUCGUUGCCGAUCAGUUGUCCCGAGGAGAACUUCCGCCGGUGUUUCGCCGGUUCAGCAAAGUUCACUUUCGAGUGUUACUGCAAAUCCAAGAUGAAAUCGUGGAAAUGGAAGAAGAGCUCACGGCUCUGGAUUUGGCUGACACUGAGAGCCGCCUCAACAUCGACGGCAGCACUUCGCCAGCCUCGCGACGGAUCAACUGGCAAUGGAACCUGUCCGAUCUGCAUGCACGUCGGCUGCAGGUCUUGGGCAGAUUGUAUAUCAAGCUUGAGCAAUACUACCAAGCACUCGUAUCGGGACAGAAGGUACAGAGACUGACGUCCCAAGCACUACCGGCGGACAUUGAGAGGUUUCGAACAUGGCUGCAAGAGCACAACCCUCUGUCGAUGCCCGAGUCGAAAUUCUUGGAAGAGGACGACGACGUGAUCUCAUUGGAAGUGCCGUUUGCACCUCCACAGAAGACAGAGGCCGCACCGGAUGUGAUUCCUCUCUGCAUUGUGACGAUGGCGCUGUUCCCCCUGCUGUGCUUCAAAUUCCUUACCGGCGUCCUAAACAGAUUGAUCCUUCUAACUGCAUUGUUGGCUGCAGGGCUGAGCAGCCUGGAAAAGCUGGACAGAGCAAAAGUCGAGCAACAUCAGCAGUGGCUCAUUGCAUGUUUUGGAGUUUCCUUGGUGGCUGCUCUAUUUUUUUAG